AUGUUUCUCCAAAGGGUUACUUUGCUAGCUUCAGUUGCUUCUGUGGCAACAGCGCACAGUAUAUUCUCACAACUUGUAGCUGGAGGAACGACAUACCCAGUCAGUCACGCCAUAAGAACCCCAAGCUACGACGGUCCCAUCCAAGAUGUUACGAGCGAAUAUGUUGCUUGUAAUGGAGGACCAAACCCCACGAUGUCCUCAUCUGAAAUAAUUAAUGUCAAAGCUGGCGAGACAGUUAAAGCUUCAUGGAGACACACCCUUCAGAGCGACGCGACCGACGUUAUCGAUGCUUCUCACAAAGGUCCAACAACUGCCUAUCUUAAAAAGGUUUCAGACGCUAAGAAGGAUUCUGGUGUUGGAUCGGGUUGGUUCAAGAUUCAAGAGCAGGGCUACAAUAAUGUUACGCAAGUCUGGGGCGUAACAGAUCUCAUCGCAAAUGCUGGAUUGCAAAGUAUCACCAUUCCUGCAUGUACUGCGGAUGGUCAGUACCUGCUUAGAGCAGAGCUCAUUGCUCUUCACGCAGCCGGAUCAUCGGGGUAAGCUUCAAUAAUAGACACAAAUUGUUAUCUCAUUUGUCUAAUAGCUGUCAGGGGUGCGCAGCUAUACAUGGAGUGUGCUCAAAUCAAUAUCAGCGGAGGAAAAGGCACAAAAACUCCAACUACUGUUUCAUUGCCAGGCGCAUACAAGGCGACCGAUCCCGGAAUUCUGAUCAACAUCUACCAGACUCUUACAGGUUACACCAUACCAGGUCCCGCUUUGUUCAAAUGUUGA